GAGAUGGCAAACACCAGAGGAAACUUCAGCUUUACUGCACUUCAGCCAUUGGAGCUGCCCACCAUUUCAAAGUUCAAGAUUGGACUCUGCCAGUUAUCAGUUAGUGUAGACAAAAAUCAAAACCUAAUUCAUGCUCAUAAUUCAAUUAAAUUUGCUGCAGAGAAAGGGGCAAGGCUUGUUAUGUUACCUGAAAUGUGGAAUUGUCCUUAUUCAAAUGAUUACUUUGCGAAAUAUGCUGAGAAUUUUGAGGAAAAGGAUGCUUCACCGUCAUUUUCAAUGUUAUCAGAGGCUGCUUUGAGCCUUGGGAUCACCAUUGUUGGUGGCUCCAUGCCUGAAUGCGACAGUGGUAUGUUGUUUAAUACUUGCUGUGUUUUUGGAGCAGAUGGAAAGCUGAAGGCUAAGCAUAGGAAAGUCCAUUUGUUUGAUAUUGACAUCCCUGGGGAUAUUUCUUUCAAAGAAUCUGAUAUUUUCACUGCAGGAGAUAGACCAACCAUGGUAGAUACAGAAAUGGGCUGUAUUGGAGUAGGAAUUUGUCAUGAUAUACACUUCCCAGAACUCGCAAUGCUAUACAGCGCAAAAGGUGCCCAUUUAAUAUGUUAUCCCGGGGCAUUCAACAUAAGCACUGGUGAACUAUUGUGGGAGCUGGUACAGAGAGCAAGGGCAGCUGAUAACCAGUUGUUUGUAGCUACUUGCUCGCCUUCACGAGAAUCCAAUGGUUCCUACAUGAUAUGGUGUCAUUCCACUCUUGUUGGACCGAACGGUGAAAUUAUUGCAACGUCCGGUCAUGAAGAGACAGUAGUAGUUGCUGAGAUUGACUAUUCAGCUAUUCAACUCCGGAGAGAGCACAUACCCGUUCAGAAUCAAAGGCGGGGAGAUGUAUACAAGUUCAUUGACUUGGUUGAACAUAAGCCUUGAAGCAUUAGUAAUGGACAACAGUCCAUGUAAACUCAAAAAUGUUAUUAGAUUAUUCUGUCUUGCAAAUUAGUGACCAUCUUGAGAGACUGUUCAGUAAAUUUUUGUAUGGGAAAUAAGGUUCCAGAGUCUUGCUAUUUUGCCUCAAAUUCUAAGGUUGUACGAGGCAUUUUGAUGUUGGUCACUAUCAUGGCUUACUCCCCAUAUAUGUAGAACAAUGUUUUGAAAACCGGACCGGGCCUUGACCUGGUUAAAGGCCUGGUUCAGGGUUAGAUCGUCAAGGUACCCGUUGGUCCAAAAAGUUUGAAAUUUUGUAAAAACAUCCCUAAUUUUUUUUGAAAUAUAGCAAACAUACCCCUGUGAUGUGUUUGGGUUUUGACUUUUCUGGCUACCAAAAUUCAAUUCGACACCAUCACUUGGACUGCCGUCCUCCACUCUACAAAACCCUUCUAACCUUGGAACUUGGUAGCCCCCUAUUUAUCGAUUGUGACUUGCGUAUUGAGUUGAUUUUUUUGACCAAAUUUUGGUUACUUUUUGGCCUCCAAAAUUUGAUCUGACACCACCCCUUGAACCAUCGGCCUCCUUUCUACAAAACCUCUCUAACCCCAAACAUUUGGUAGCCCCCUGUCCGUCGACAGUAAGAUUAGGGAUUUGGGUGAAUAGUAAAAUUGGAAAUUCAGAUCGGAAAGUAUGUUGGUCGACAGUCGAACUAGUCCGAUCGGCUGGUCCAUUCCGGUUUUCAGAACAUUGAUGUACAAUGAGUU